AUGGUGCGGUCGGCGCGAAUACUGUCAACUCGGCCGCUCCAGGCGCUGAGCAAAGCGUGGCGGCUACCUCCGUUCGCUCCGCCUUUCACAAAACUCAUUUCUCCCUCUUCACUCCCUCAUCUACCCAUCUCCCUCCCCGGUUUCCCCUCCCCUCUUCCUCCCCGGCCCCCAGUGCGGCCGCUACAGGCGCUGAGCAAGGCGUGGCGGCUACCUCCGUUUGAGCAGUGCGACUUGCGGGCUGGUCUCACGUGCGACGCGCAGGGCAUGGUGACGCGCAUCAACCUAGCCAAUCGCAACCUCACUGGAGUCAUCCCCAAAGCGAUCUCCGCUUUUGCCAGCCUCACUAACCUCUCGCUACACGACAACCACCUGUACGGGCACCUGCCUGAUAUGGGGAGGCUGAAGCUGCUGAGAGAACUAUACCUACACGGCAACAAUCUCAAAGGCGCCGUCCCUGCUUCCCUCAGCCUCCUCUCAAACCUCGAAGCUCUGAACCUCGGCGAGAACGCCCUGUCAGGCGGCAUCCCCGUGGAGCUCGGCAAUCUUAAGGCGCUCAUCCUCCUCAACCUCAACAGCAACCGCCUGGUUGGGAGCAUCCCUGAAACUCUCGGAAAGCUUUCCAAGCUGCAGCACCUGUACCUGUCGGGGAAUCAAAUCAGCGGCAGUCUGCCGCCCGCAAUUGGCAACCUGCAGGACUUGGAGCACCUGUGGAUAGAGGACAACAAACUCACUGGUCCACUCCCUACCGAGAUCGGUAACUGCACGAGCCUGCAGAUUCUUUACCUAUCCAACAACAGCAUCAGCGGCAGUCUACCAGACAGCAUAGGCCAGCUGUGGGCAAUGCGGGACAUGCGGCUGGACAACAACAUGCUGGCAGGCGCCCUCCCACCAACCAUGGGCCUUCUCUCCAACCUCACCGUUCUAGAACUGCACUCCAAUCAGCUCUCAGGAGCUCUGCCAGCCACGCUCGGAAAGCCUCUCCCUGCUGUCUCUCACCCGUUUCUCCCUGCUUACUCAUAUCUUCCUGUGGCCCUCUCCCACCUCUGUUUCCCCUCCACCCCGCCCCUCUCUCCCAGAGAACUGCACUCCAACCAGCUCUCAGGAGCUCUGCCAGCCACGCUCGGAAAGCUCUCCCUGCUGAAAGCACUAACCAUCAACGCCACAGCCCAGCCCUGCCCCGCCUCCUCGUCCCUCUGCCUAGUCUCCCAGUCCGCCUCGUCCUCCUUCUGCCACCUCUGCCCCGAGUUCUGCUCCUCCUGCGAGCCCCUUGAGGAGAUGGCAGUAGAGAAUGAGGGGGAGAGUGGGAGCGAUGGCAACGGUGGUAGCGGUGGUGGGCUGAGCAUGGCUGCAAUCAUUGCGGUGGUGUGCGGUUCUCUGCUCCUGCUCACGGCUGUGCUUGUGGCGUUCCUCGUGUGGUGCUGCUGUCGCCCAGGCUCCAACCCUUUCAAGCACGUUAAAGUUGUUGACCAGGAGGAAUUCGAUGAUGCGGGUCUGAUCCCGUCGCUGUGCUGCCGCUACUCUCUGGUGGAGAUCCGCCGAGCCACGGGCAACUGGAGCGAGGAGAACCGCAUAGGCAGUGGGCAGCACAGCGACGUGUACAAGGGCACGUGCCCGUACAACCCCGCCAGCACGUGGGCUGUCAAGCGCUACAAGGAGCGCUCCACGCACUUCGAGAAGGAGGUGGAGCAGAUAGCAAGCAAGUGGCAUCCCACCUUGGCCCACCUGCUGGGCUACUGCGUGGACUCAGACACGCGAGUUUUGAGACGUCUCAAAAGUCGUCUCAAAAGUCGUCUGUUGGGCUACUGCGUGGACUCGGACGCGCGAGUGGAGGGCGGCAGGAUGGUGCAGGGGGAGAGCAGAGCAGACCAGCUCACUCACCCCUGUGUUUGCCCCCUCGUGCCCUGUCCACUACCCCCUCUCAAACCACACCAGGUGGAGCAGAUAGCAAGCAAGUGGAGGGCGGGAUGGUGCAGGUGGAGGAGCAGAGCAGAUCAGCUCACCCACCCCUGUGUUCGCCCCCUUCCAUGUACGCUGGUUGCCCAUCCAAUCACCCUCCCGAAUCACCAGGUGGAGCAAAUCGCAAGCAAGUGGCACCCGAAUCUCGCCCACCUGUUGGGCUACUGUGCGGACUCAAACACGCGCGUGGAGGGCGGCAGGAUGGUGCAGGUGGAGGAGCAGAUCGGCUCACCCCCUACUCCUGUGUUCGCUCUGCCUGUACCCUGCUUGCCUCCCAACCAGGUGGAGCAAAUCGCAAGCAAGUGGCACCCGAAUCUCGCGCACCUGCUGGGCUACUGUGUGGACUCGGACACGCGGGUGGAGGGCGGCAGGAUGGUGCAGGUGGAGGAGCAGACCGCAGUUGCAGCAGCAGGUGCAAGGGAAGGGAUGGUGCCGGUGGAGGAGCAGAUUGCAGUGUAUGAAUACGUGCACCACGGGGACCUCAGCCGCUACCUCUAUCAAGAGACCUUCCGGGCGUCCUUUGCCCUCUUUGGAGUAAUCUUUCUGGAGCUGCUGACAGGGCGGCCGCCGUUCAUCCAGGUGCAGGCGGAGCACGGGGAGGACCACGAGCACAUUGCAGACUGGGGGCGGCCGCCGUUCAUCCAGGUGCAGGCGGAGCACGGGGAGGACCACGAGCACAUCGCAGACUGGGUGAGUGCUGAUGCUGUUGCUGGCCAGGUGUUUCACUUGGGGGGAGGACCAUGUGCUGUGCACGUCACAGACUGGGUGAAAACGGCUAGAGCUGCCUCCUUCCCUCCCUGCACUCACCUGCUGCUCCCCUACCCUUUCUCCGCUGUUUCUUUCCCCACAAACCAGGCGGCGCCUCUUAUCGACGAGGGCAAGACGGAGGAGCUCAAGGACCCCCACCUGGACGUGUCGGGUUCCUCCUUCCUCUCCCUCACCUGCUCAUUCUCUCCCGCGGCACCUUUAAUCGAUGAGGGCAAGACAGAGGAGCUCAAGGACCCGCAUCUGGACGUGCCCGAGUCGUCCUUCCUCUCUCUCGCCGAGCUCGCCAUUCGCUGCACCGCCAUGCCCUUCACCGACCGCCCGCCCAUGGGAGAGGUGUUGGCGACGCUCAAGGCCAUUCGGACCGACUUCUUCGGGCUCACGGACCCGGAUGAUGUUUAUGGGGGCGAGGGGAGUGGCGGUAUGGAGAGUGGGUUCGGUGGCGGUGAUGGCGAUGGUGAUGCUCGGCCGGAUUGGGGUGUUGCGGUUAAUGGUGUGUGA